AUGUCGCUUCCCCGCGGCGUCGGCCUCGGCGUCGACGUCGGCCAACUGAUGCAGCACCAGCAGCAGCAACAGCAGCAUCACGUGCUGCCGGCCGCGUUCUUCCUGCGCGCCAGUGCCGAGAGAUAUCAGCGGACCCCCAAGUGCGCGCGCUGUCGUAAUCACGGGGUUGUGUCCGCCCUCAAGGGGCACAAGCGUUAUUGCCGAUGGCGGGAUUGCGUGUGUGCCAAGUGCACCCUCAUCGCCGAGAGGCAACGCGUCAUGGCUGCUCAGGUCGCGCUGAGACGGCAGCAGGCCCAGGAGGAGAGCGAGGCGCGCGAGCUGGGCCUGCAAUUGCAAUACAAUACCGGCAGCUGCACCACCGCUCCCGUUCUACCGGCGGCCGCCGGCGCGACGCCAGCUGGUAGCCCGCCCCCGCACCCGGCUCACGUAGCGAGUCCGGCGGGCCUCGCGAUACCCGCGGCGGCCCCCAAGAUCGAGAAGAGCGACCCCGUCGUUGGAUCGAAGCGAUCCAGAGUCUCCGAGAGCACGACGGCAACGAUCCUGUCGACAAGUGAUAUCGGUAACGAGGACGAUCGUGAUUCCGAUUCCGGUGGCGAGCUGCGAGUCGAUCAUUCAUUAGUGGUGCCGACUUCGUCGGGGAUACCGGAAUCCGGCGAGGCGACGCUGAGGAAGCGCACUAGCAGUCUCAACGAUUCCGAGGACGGCAGCCCCGAACCGGGCUCGCAGAGCCCGACGCACACGCCGCCCUUGACGCCGGCCUUGACGCCGCAGAGGGAGGACACCCCGGCGCCGGAGAACCUUAGCCUACGCAAGAGCGACAGUCCCCCGCAACAGACGCAGCAGACUUCCCUACAACCGGUGGAUCUGGUGCAGCCUAGGCCAAGUCCCCCGCUUCCCCCGUUAGCUGCCGCGGCGACGGUGCACUUUCCUCCGUACGCGCCUCUUUACGGACCGACGGCGAGCCCGCUGGCGUAUUGCACGCCGGCGCUCUAUCAGCAUCAGCACCACCAUCACAUACCCGAGCCGCGAGAGAUUCAGAUGCAGAUGCAGAUGCAGAGUCUCCAGCAGACCUGCGGAUUGCAACUGCAGCAACAGCAGCAGCAGCAACAACAGCAACAACGUUCGCCGGUGGACGUCCUGCUGCGGGUGUUCCCCGGAAGACGUCGCGGUGACGUCGAAGCGCUUCUCCAUCGUUGCAAAGGCGACGUGGUAUCAGCCAUGGAGGUGCUGGUCUGCGAGGACAGCCUGCAGCCCAAAUCGGCAUUCUCGCCGCUGGCGGGCGCCCUGGCGUCGGCGGCCGCGGCCUCCGCCGCAUCCGUCUCGGCGUACGCGACCCGGGCCGCUUACUGCACGACCCCGAUACCGUCGACGCGGCACCGCUUCCUGGCCGCGCCGUACACCGGCACCGGUUACCUGCCCACCGUCAUCAAGCCGCCGAACCAGAGCCUGCACGCCAACGGCACCGCCGGGGACGCCUACCGGGAGACCAGUCCCGACGACGCCAGCGACAAGACCAGCUACUCCGAGUGA